GGGAAAGGGUCACUCAGCUGUGCUGUCACCAUGUCUUUUCGACUUUCUAGCGGAGCCAGGCAGAUCUGCUCGCGAGCUGGUUCUGUUAGGCUGUCCGGUGGAGGAACAGGCUUUGUGGCUGGGAACGUGUGUGUUGCAUCAGGAUCAGGGAGCAGUUUUUCUUGUACUCUCGGGGGCGUUUCUUCUGCAGGAAGCUUCUGCAAUGGUGAAGGGGGAUCGGGAAGUGGCAUCUGUGCAGGCUUUCUUGGCAAUGAGCAUGGCCUCCUCUCUGGGAAUGAGAAGGUGACCAUGCAGAAUCUCAACGACCGCCUGGCAUCCUACCUGGACCAUGUGCACGCUCUGGAGGAGGCAAAUGCAGACCUGGAGCAGAAGAUCAAGGGCUGGUAUGAGAAACACGGGCCUGGCUCUUGCCAGGAACACAAUCAUGACUGUAGCAGAUAUUUUCCAGUCAUUGAAGAUCUUAAAAGGCAGAUUAUUUCUAUGACCACCUGUAAUGCCAGCAUUGCUCUACAAAACGACAAUGCCAGACUGACUGCUGAUGACUUCAGACUGAAGUAUGAAAAUGAGCUUGCUCUGCACCAAAGCGUUGAGGCUGACACCAACGGUCUUCGCAGAGUAUUGGAUGAGUUGACCCUUUGUACAACUGACCUGGAGAUACAGUGUGAGAACCUGAGUGAGGAACUGACAUAUCUCAAGAAAAAUCACGAGGAGGAAAUGGAAGUCCUGCAGUGUGCAGCUGGAGGGAACGUGAAUGUGGAGAUGAAUGCAGCCCCAGGAGUGGAUCUGACCAUUCUGUUGGACAGCAUGAGAGCUGAGUAUGAGGACUUGGCUGAGCAGAACCGCAAAGAUGCCCAGGCCUGGUUCAAUGAGAGGAGUGCAACGCUGCAACAACAGAUUUCUGAUGAUGAGGGGGCAGCCACAGCAGCCAGAAAUGAGCUGACGGAGCUGAAACGCAGCAUGCAAACCCUGGAAAUAGAACUUCAGUCCCUCAUGGCGGUGAAACAUUCCUAUGAAUGCUCCUUGGCCGAGACUGAAGGAAAUUACUGCCAUCAACUCCAGAAAAUUCAGGAUCAGAUCGGGGCCAUGGAGGAGCAGCUGCAGCAGAUUCGGACAGAAACAGAAGGCCAGAAGCUAGAGAAUGAACAGCUUCUUGAUAUCAAAAUAUUUUUGGAAAAAGAAAUUGAAAUGUAUUGCAACUUGCUAGAUGGAGAAGAACGAGAAAGUAAAUCUACAUGUUACCCAUCAAAAGGAUGCAGGUCUGUAAAUUCUGGAAAGCAAAUUAAAGACUCAACAGAAGAAACUGUUGUCAAAGCAGUGGUUGAGGAACUAGACCAACUUGGCAACGUCCUUUCACUGAGAGUUCACGCCAUUGAAGAAAAGUCCUCUAAAAUAAGUAACAUUACCGUGGAGCAACGAAUACCUUCUAAAGCACCAUAAUGAGGAAAAAGUUAUUU